ACAUACUUCUCAGAAUUAGCAAAUAGCAAUAUUUAUUUAAUGCUUUGUUCCCUUUUAUUUUUGUGUAUGAAUGUGCCCACUCAUCAUCGUAUAUAUUAGUUGUCCACAUGUGAUUCUUGAUUUCUCAAGCACUCAGAUUUUGAGCGCAGGUUCUUGUAGCAUGGCUUCUAGGUUUUUUGUUCUCUUGCAGAGAAGAAUGUUGGUAGCUGACUGGAACCAUGCCAGCUGAAUUCUUGCUCUCCGAGCUACUUUCUCUCUCUUGGAUGCUGGAAUUUUUUCUGAUUCAGUGGUUUCAAUUAUUGCAAGGGCUUUAGGGAAGGAAUUUGUUUCGUUCUGCUAAUUAAGGGGGUUUUAGGGUUUGUGUGUGUGUGAGUGAGUGAGAGAGAGGGAGAGGGGGGCGACGUAGACGAGGCUAUUUGAUGGUAGCUCAGAGAAUGGGGUCUCAAGGGGGUGAUGGCAAGAGCAUUAUUGGGACCUUACUCCGAAACCCGGACCUAAAAUCGAACCAAUUGGCUAGGCAGGGCUCUUUGUACAGCCUCACUCUUGAUGAGGUGCAGACUCAUUUGGGGGAUUUGGGGAAGCCCCUUGGCAGCAUGAAUCUUGAUGAGCUUCUCAAGAAUGUGUUGACAGUGGAAGGCGUUGAGUAUGGGCAAUCUGGGCCUUGCCAGCCUCCAUCAGGGUCGUUUUUGAAUCGGCAGUCUAGUGUUUCGAUAUCUAGGGAUCUGAGCAAAAAAACUGUUGAUGAGGUGUGGAAAGAUAUUCAGCUGGAGCAGAAAAGGAGCAGUCUUGAUAGGAAUUUCAAUCUCGGAGAAAUGACGUUGGAGGAUUUCUUGGUUAAGGCCGGGGUUGAUCUGAUUGGGUUGCUUCAGCAAGAUCAAUGGACGAGUUACCCGAUCUCUGGAGUUGCUCCUCAGCAGCAGCAGCAGCAACAAAGUAUGAUGCCUGUUUACAUGCCGUGCCAUGCAAUCCAGCAGCCUAUGCCCCUCGGUGGCAACUCUGUCUUGGACACUGCUUAUCCGGAAACCCUGUUAAUGUCAUCUUCCCCACUGAUGGGCACAUCGUCGGACACCCAAACAAUAAGACGGAAGAGGGUUCCCUCAGAUGAUAUAGCUGAGAAAGGUGUUGAAAGGCGGCAGAAGAGGAUGAUAAAGAACAGGGAAUCUGCAGCACGUUCACGAGCUAGGAAGCAGGCCUACACCCAUGAACUCGAAAACAAGAUAUCAUGCCUAGAGGAGGAGAAUGAAAUGCUCAAGAAACAACAGGAAUGGGAGAAGGUGCUACCGAGCAUACCACCACCACAGCCAAAGUUUCAGCUGCGUCGAACAAGCUCAGCUCCCAUGUGAAGAUAAUGUAGAUUGUUCGCUCGCUUUUUUUCUUCUUCUUUUAUUUAGUUAAGAUUAAGAUUAGCUAGUGUUAGAUGACAGACAGACAGACAGCCUGAGGAUAUGACCUCGGUCUCCACCUGGACCUCGAUAUCUGUGGCUUGAACAUCCUCUUGCUGUCUUUGAUGUACAUUUUUAUAGUUCUACAACCAACCUGCGAUUAUAUAAAAACCUUGUCAUGUUUUGAGUA